AUGAGUGCUAUCGCAACUCUGGUUUUCGAUCAGUGUGCGCGAAACAGGCAACUGUGGGUACCGAAAGUUUUCAGUGCUAGGUACAGUUUUGACCGGGCCCUUUACAGCUUUCAAGGUCUGGAUGAGACUCUCUUUGGCCGCCUCAUUGAUCGUUUCGGUGACAACGUGGCUUCCCUGCUAUCCAUCCAAUACCGGUCCAAUGAGAAGAUCAUGGGCUGGUCGUCCCAAUCAUUUUACGACUCGCGCCUGGAAGCUGCCUCAUCAGUGGCCAGCCAGACGCUCAGCUUGCAGGAGGUGCCCUCCAUGAACAUCAGCGCUGAUGUCUUGGAAUUGGUGACUGCUCCGAUGCUCUUCGUGGACACUGCAGGAUUACCCAUGUACCGUGAAGAUGGCGAAGCUUCACGAUCUGAUAUCCAGCAGUCCAGGUGCAAUCCAGGAGAGUCUCGUUUCGUAGUCCAUUAUGCGAAGCUUCUGGUCAGGGCGGGGCUCCGACCCGAGGCCUUCACGGUGAUUACGCCUUACAAUCGGCAGGUGGAACAGCUACGGGCCGACUUUGCGGCGGAUCCGGAUGUCGAUGCCUUGAGAAUGGUCCCGAGAAUCAACACGGUGGACUCUUUUCAGGGCCAAGAAGCGGAUGCUGUCCUGAUCUCUCUGGUGCGCUCCAACACGCAUGGAGUUGUUGGCUUCUUGUCCGACUAUCGCCGCUUGAACGUGGCUGUAACGAGAGCGCGGAAGCACGUCCUGAUCGUAGGAGACGCAAGCACGAUUUGCAACAACGAUGUCCUGAGCUCGCUGUACGGCUACGCUUGCGAUCAUGGGCGUGCAGCCUUCGUUCAGCAGCUUUUGGAUGAAGAGGGCGGGAUUCCGGCAGACCCAGCGACAGCAGCAGCCAUUCAGGAGGAGAGGCGGCAGGCCCUCGCCCGCACUGCUGAGAAGUCGAAGGACAAGCUUCAGAACAAAGCGCAGGAAGAGGAGAAGCUCCGACAGCAGUUCCUCAAGCGCCUUCGACAUGUGGUGGAUACGGGACAGCCCCUGCAGCUGCCGCCUAAGCUGAGCCCAUACGAGCGCGCCAUUGCGCACGAGGUAGCCAAGGAGCUAGGCCUCAUGCACGAGUCCAGAGGCGAGGGCAGCGAGCGCCGCCUGCUGGUUUGGUCCAAGGAUGGCCCUGAACCCAACUUCCCAGAGCCGAAAGCAGCGGCUGCCGCGCCUGCCGUCUCAGGUGUUGAGCCGGGGCCCAAGACCGUUGCUGACUCCGAGGAGACGGCCUUGGAGGCCUUCGAGCGAAGGGCACGUGACCUUCUGGGUUCGCUUGGACCUGGAAAGCCUGCGGCUGAGUGGAAGGCGCCCACAGACGAAGAGGUCGAGGUGCUGCACCGCCUAGCAGGUGACCUACAGCUGGAGGUGGUGGAGGGUGGGAGCGGCAAGAAGCGACGGCUUCAGGUACAGGCUCCCCCAUCUGCAUCCGGCUCCGCGACGGAGCCCCGGCCUCCGCGGGAGCCGGCAGAGAAGGCCAAGGAACAGCAGCAGCCAUCUCCUCCAUCUGCCAAUGCACAGCUGGCGAGCCUUCAUGAAGAGAGGAGGCAACGGCAGCUUGCGAUGGCAGAGCAGCGGAAGAAGGACAUCGAGCAGAGCAACGCCGACAUGAAAGUCGCGAAGCAGGCAGCCAGGAAGGAAAAAACAGCAAAGAAGGGCGCCGCGACAGCCGAUGAUGAUGAUCUGGAUGCGCUCCUGCUCGAGUUCACGAAGGAGGAGGGCACCUGCAGCUUCGCCAACUGCAAGGACGUGGCCAAGGGGUCCAUGAAAGAGCUGUGGUAA